AUGGGAAUGGCCUUUUCAUGUGCCCUUGCCGAAUAUGAUGAAUUGGAUAGUCCUUUUGACUCUGUUCUUGUGAGAUCAAUUAGUUUUGGGAGUGAAGACACGGUGACUGCUUUGCAAUCUGUUGGCUUUCAUGGCCAUGAUUCAGAACCUGAUUCGCUGAGAUCAUAUGGUUCAGGAAAGGUGAUAUCUGAAGAAUGCCUUACCUUUAAGGAGAGGGAAUUGAGUGCCACAUUGUCCUUCAAAAGUACUACCUCGGACAUGGACGUGCUUGCGAGAUCAAUCAUUAGUCCUAAAGUUGGAGAAAGGGGUAAUCAGUUGACAAGAUCAGAUAGCUUGUCUGACAAAAAACUCCACUUGUCAAUGCCUGAGUCUGGGAACCAAAGGCACCAGGCUGCAGUGACGUUGCAGAAAGUGUAUAAAAGCUUCAGAAUCAGGAGGCAGCUGGCUGAUUGUGCAGUUGUUGUCGAGCAGAGAUGGUGGAAGUUGUUGGAUUUUGCAGAACUCAAGAGAAGUUCCAUAUCUUUUUUUCAUAUUGAGAAACCUGAGAGUGCAAUUUCACGUUGGUCAAGAGCGAGAAUGAGAGCUGCCAAGGUAGGAAAAGGUUCGUCAAAGGACGCAAUGGCUCGGAAGCUAGCUUUACAGCAUUGGCUCGAGGCAAUUGAUCCACGGCAUCGUUAUGGACAUAAUCUUCAAUUUUAUUAUGUUAAUUGGCUUCACUGCCACAGUAGACAGCCUUUCUUCUAUUGGCUCGAUAUUGGAGAUGGGAAAGAAGUGAACCUUGAUAGAUGUCCUAGAUCUAAGCUUCAACAACAAUGCAUAAAAUAUCUUGGUCCUAUUGAAAGAGAGGCUUUUGAAGUAGCUGUGGAGAAUGGAAAGUUUUUAUACAAACAAAGUGGGAAACUUCUCCACACAACAGAAGGACCCAAGGAUGCCAAAUGGAUUUUUGUUCUCAGUACAUCAAAGACCUUGUAUGUUGGUUUGAAGAUAAAGGGAACAUUUCAGCAUUCAAGUUUCUUGGCUGGUGGAGCCACUCUAUCUGCUGGAAGAUUAGUUGUGGAAGAUGGUCUUCUGAAGGCAGUUUGGCCUCACAGCGGCCAUUAUCUCCCAACAGAAGAAAACUUCCAGGCAUUCAUAUCAUUCCUUAGGGAACACGAUGUAGAUCUAACUGAUGUAAAGGAAAGCCCAAUUGAUGAAGAAGAUGAAUCCAUUAUCAAAAAGGACACUCUUGGUAGUCUCAUAGACCAACCAGAUGCUGAUUUACUUCAAGAAACCAAAGCAACAAAUCUUGAAAUCUUGGCUACAGCAAACACAGAUUCAAGGAAACGAGUUUCUAAUGUGGCAGAAAAUGCUAAUCUGCGCACAUCAAAACUGUCACGUGGACUACAAUUAAAAAUUACUAAACUUGAAAUACCAACAAGACGAGAUUUGCUUGACACUUUCAAAACAGAAGAACUUGAACGAAGCUGUCAGGCAGAAGAUCCUGAUUCUCCUGGAGAAGAUGGUUAUGAAACGGCAGAAGAUUCAUUUUUGACCGAGGAAGAUUUCAUGAUUACUAAACUUAAUUUGUUUGACGAAGAUGAAGAAGAAGAAGACGAGGAGCCUGUCCCCAAAGAAAAAAUCCUGAAAAGGAUAGAUUCUCAUAAAGGAAUGAAUUCAUACCAACUGGCGGAGCAAUUAUCCUCUAGAUGGACUACUGGUGCAGGGCCACGGAUAGGAUGCAUGAGGGAUUAUCCAUCAGAGCUUCAAUUCCGGGUUUUAGAGCAUGCAAACUUGUCACCAAGAACAAGAAGUGAUAAUUCAUCACCACGGACCUCGUCUCGGUUUAGCCCGAAGGUUUCAUCAUCAAUGGUUUUGACACCAGCUUCAUUAUGUAAAGAAACAUCAUCCAGAAGUCCCCUUGGUCCAGACCAGGUGUUGUUUUCACAGACAGCAAACCCUUAG